CGGCUCUGCCCUCAUUCCCAAUCUCCUUCCAGGAUGUCAUUUACUGACUUUCUCCGAAAUUUCUCCCGAGUGGAAAUAUGCAACCUUACUCCUGACACUCUUAGCAGUGACACAGUUCACAAAUGGAGCAUGACGACAUUUAAUGGGAGUUGGAGGGCUGGAUCUACUGCAGGAGGAUGUCGAAAUUACCCAAGAACAUUUUGGACAAAUCCUCAAUUUAAAAUCCAGCUGGAUGAAGCAGAUGAUGAUCCUACAGAUGACGAUGAUAAAUGUAGCUUUCUGGUUGGUGUGAUUCAAAAGAAUCGUAGAAAGCAAAGAAAAAUGGGUGAAGACAUGCAUACCAUAGGCUUCGCUAUCUAUGAGGUCCCUGACGAGUAUAAAGAUCAAACUAAUAUUCAGCUGAGGAGAGAUUUUUUCAUGACGCAUGCAGCCAGUGCAAGAUCAGAAACCUUCAUCAAUCUGCGAGAAGUCAUGAACCGUCUUGCUCUUGAACCUGGACAGUAUCUCAUUGUACCAUCCACUUUUGAGCCACAUAAGAAUGGAGAUUUUGCAAUUCGUGUGUUUACAGAGAAACAAACUGAUCUACAAGUUAUAGAUGUUGAGGUUGAUGCAAAACUGGAAGAUGAAGAGGUUGAUGAAGACGACAUUAGCGAGAGCUUUGAGACUUUGUUUGAACAUUUAGCAGGACAGGAUGCAGAAAUUUCUUGCUUUGAGCUACAAAGAAUACUGAACAGAAUUGUGUCUAACCGUAAGUAAAGAAGCAUACUACAUAAAUUU